AUGUUUCUGGUUUCCGUCGUCUCCUUCCUCAUCCUUCGUUCCGCUCCGUUUUCCCUAUCGUUCUGCGACUUCCUCCGCAACCCCCCUCUCUCUCUCUCUCGCUGUGUCAGAAGCAGAUGCAGCAGAGAAUCGAGCAACUCCAUGUACGAUCCCUCUUUCUCUCUCUGUCAGAAGCAGAUGUAGGAGAGCUUGGGCAUUGGGUUUUUACUUGGCUGCAUUGGCAACAGUGUUUGAAUGACUGACAUGACAUUCAUUAAGUGAUAUCUAGCGAUUUGAUGGCUCAGAAGCAGCAUAUUGCGAUUUUCACAACUGCAAGUCUACCAUGGAUGACUGGAACUGCUGUCAACCCUUUGUUUCGUGCUGCUUAUCUGGCAAAGGAUUCUGACUGGGAUGUCACUCUGGUAAUUCCUUGGCUGUCAUUAAAGGACCAAGCAUUGGUAUAUCCAAAUAAAAUCACAUUUAGUUCACUGGUGGAGCACGAAGCCUAUGUUCAUUGGUGGCUCAAAGAGAAGGCUGAUUUUAUUUCAGGAUUUAAGAUCACAUUUUAUCCUGGAAAGUUCUCAAAGGAGAAAAGGAGCAUUCUACCUGUUGGGGACAUCACCGAGACAAUUCCUGAUGAAGUGGCAGAUAUUGCUAUCCUUGAGGAGCCAGAACAUCUUACAUGGUACCAUCAUGGACGGAGAUGGAAAACCAAGUUCCGGAAAGUGAUAGGUGUUGUUCAUACCAAUUACUUGGAAUACGUGAAGAGAGAGAAAAAUGGACAGAUACAAGCUUUUCUCUUGAAAUAUGUCAACAGUUGGGUUAUUCAGAUCUAUUGCCACAAGGUUGUGAGAUUAUCAGCUGCCACCCAAGAUCUCCCAAGGUCCAUCAUCUGUAAUGUCCACGGUGUAAACCCCAAAUUCCUCGAGGUUGGGCAAAUGAAGCAUGGGUUAAAAGUAGAGGGAGGUCAAAAGGCCUUUUCCAAGGGUUCCUACUUUAUUGGGAAGAUGGUUUGGAGUAAAGCCUAUACUGAACUCCUCCAACUACUCUCACAGCACCAAAACGAGCUUUCUGAUUUACGAGUAGACUUGUAUGGAAACGGAGAAGACUUUGAUGACAUUCAAAAAUCUUUCAGUAAAUUGACACUGGGUGUAAGAAUUUAUCCUGGCCGUGAUCAUGUGGAUUCUCUAUUUCAUGACUACAAGGUGUUUAUUAAUCCGAGCACCACAGAUGUGGUUUGCACGACAACAGCAGAAGCUCUUGCAAUGGGAAAGAUUGUCAUCUGCGCCAACCACCCUUCAAAUGAAUUCUUCAGGCAGUUUCCAAAUUGCCACAUGUACAAUACCAGCAAUGAGUUUGUGCAAUUAACUCUUAGAGCUCUAGUCGAAGAGCCUCUUCCCCUUACAGAUGAUCUUAGGCAUGCACUAUCCUGGGAGGCAGCCACAGAGAGAUUUGUCGAGGCCGCAGAGCUAAAUGAGGUCAUCCGAGAGAAAACGCUUCUCUCUCCCAAGCCUUCAAUGCAAAUGCCGUCUGAUGACUGGAGGAAGAGUGUAGAGGAAGCAUCUGCAUUCUUGCACAAUACCAUUUCCGGGAUUGAGGUCGCACGCUGUGCCUUUGGUGCGAUACCGGAGACUCUGCAACCUGAUGAGCAACUCUGCAAGGAGCUCGGCUUGGAUUUCCCGGAACAUAAGAUGUUUUUCAGACAUUAAAUCUGCUGGUUCUUCUUACACUUGUGUCCAAAUUACUUGUGUGCAAAUUGUAACACGGCCUCGCAUUCUUGCACUCGGAUGUAUCAUCACUCUUGCAAAUUAUCACGGAGUUGCUAAAACGUAACAUGUUGUUUCUUACUUA